AUGUUAUUAACAAAGAUUUUAGUUGCCUUUCAACUCUUGCAUUGCUGUAGUGUUUCUGCUCAUCCACUUUCAAUUUCCAGCUAUCUAGUCAAGCGAGCAGAAAAUUUGGUCAAUCCAGUGUCAGAGUUGGCCCUCCAUGAAGGCCCAGUAAAUGAAGGAUUAAGAAUAGAGAAGGGUCCAGCUUCUGAGGAUUUCAAAUUACUAGCUGAUGAUCAAAAGGCUGGCAAGAGAGCUGAGGAGUCAAGUGGUGAGUAA